CAACAAUAAAUUGAUAUGAAAUUGUAAAUAUUAUUUUUAGAGAUUUUCAUCUUAUUAAAAACAUAAAUAGACGGAUAUAAUGAUCUUAGUAAACGAUGAGGUCAACUCAGCCAGUUCAUCAGAUGACGAGGGAGGAGAUAUUAAUGUAACCGAAGAGAACAGCAAACAACAUGUAAAAUCCAACAAAGAUGAUCCGCAAGGGCAAAAUCAUACAAAGACAAAUACGGACUCCAACUCAAAACCAGAAGAUUGUCCGGAGAUUUUAUUGAAAAUGUUAAUGGAAGUCUCUCAAAAACUAUGCCGUCAAAUAAAAUGGUUGUUCCACUUAAUCAUGGUCGAUUUGGGAGGUUAUCAAUUAUUUGAUCGUUUUGCACAAUGGUGUGUACAGCAUCCUCAUCUGGCAAUUUGUUUAUUAGCGGCUGGCUUGGUGGCUUCAUUGCCAGUUUUACUAUUUAUGGCAUUUGCCUUAUCAACAAUUGUUAUGACCUUUACGGGAUUUUUAGUAUUAGAAGGAACUCUUUUAACCAUCUUAACCAUGAUAAUGCUGGGACUCUUAGGAGCUGUGGGAAUAGUCUUAAUAUUUUUUGCUCUUGUUGGUGUUACAACAUAUUUAGGAGUUUCACAGGUCUAUGACAUGUAUGGUAGUACAGAAACUGAACGUACAAAUUUAAGAAAUGUAAUGCAAAGGAACGAUCGAAAUUUCACUACGCAGACAGCACCAUUACCAAAAAAUUCUAAUCGAACUUCACAAGAUGAAAAUGUUAUUGAUUAAGUUGGAGAAAACACAAAUUUUCGAAAUAUUUAACACAAAAUGUUGCCAUUUUUUUGUGAUGGUCAUUCUAUAUAUUAUUAUAUUUAUUAUUCAUGUUAUUUUAUCCUUUAUUAAUUAAAUCUUAUAACUUUUAGUAUUCGAAAUUCUGUACUUCAGUUGAGGUAUUAGUUGUAUUUAAAAUAAUAAAUAUCAAAUCGCACAGAUGUCACUAUUAUUAAAAA